GUUGUGCACUCGGUUUUAGGGGAUGCAGUCGUCCAAUCACCGUGUGCGAUGGUAGCGCGUCCAGGUCAGCCAUGUUGUGGUUUUGAAUGAGGAAGAAGCGGGAGAUGUUAUUCUACAACGAGUUUAUAUGCAGUUUAAAGUCACGUUAAGGAUAUAUAAAUGAGUUAGGGUUUGAGUAAAAAUGAUAACCGUUUUUCCGAAUGCGUUGGAUGCGACCUAUCGCAUUCCUGUUGGAAUUUAAACAUACUUCCAUAAAUUAGCAGUGUAGCUAACAACGUUAGCUAGCAGGGUAGUUAGCGUAGUGUGCUAGCUAGGCAACUAGCGAAUUCUCAGCUAACUAGCUAAGGGUUAGCUUGUGUCUUGGGAAAGUAAAAUGGUAUUUGUAAGGAGUGUUAGCCUUUCAAAAAGCCUCAGCUAACCCGCUUCAGUCGAAUGAAGCGUAUUAGCUUUAUUUGGUUUGACUAUAUUGACAGGUAGACUGAAAGCAGCCAUAGUGAUUUAUUUUUAGCGGCGCUAUUUGUAAAACUUUUGAGCCAUGUUGAAUAAAAUCUACGAAUGGAUAGAAACAAGCUUUGCCAAUCUUCGCAAUGGUGUACCAGCUGCGGAGCACUCAGAUGCACACCGGGCACCGGGAGAUGGUCAGAUGAGGAGGAAAAGAACAAUUGAAUGUUUGGAAGACGGACAUAACAUCGACCAAGAUGGAUUAAUGAUAAAGAAAUCAAGAAUGGGGGAUCUUAUUGACACAGUCAAGACUGCAGCUGAAGGGGUUAAGAGUCAUAGCUCCAGCGUGGCUACAUGGAUGAAGAACAAUGUAAGCCCUACCUUGAGAAAUAUACUGCCUGCCUCCCCUGGACCUCCACCCGGAGAGCCACAGCCCUCAACAUCAGCAGCAGCCUGGGCAGGGAUGCCGAUUGCUGAAAGGAACUCUCUGGAUGAGACGUUCGUUGCUCCCUCAACAACGUUGGAGUGGAAAACAUCCAAAUCAGAAUGGAUACGUAAUGAGAAAUCCAUAAUGGGAUCAAAAGUCUGCAGGCGACAAGUGUGCAUGAGUCCCACACAUCGUGAGGUGCCAAAAACAAAUGGGCAUUCAAUCAACUUGCCACCCUCUGUCAUCCCUAAAUUGCACCCUUCCCCACGGCUAGGCAGAUCCCUAAACUUUCGGCCAUAUGGAACACCAAGUUUCUUUAGUGGACUGGGCACCACAAGCAGCUCCUGCACCAGCAUGUAUGAGAAGACCUUUCCCAUCAAAGUGGUGCAGAGCCCAACACAUAGCACCUCAUCUGGUCGCAUAGCCAGGGCCAGGCCCCACUGCACAGCGCAGGAGUCUGUUCGUGAAGAGGAGAAGGAGGUCUACAGGCAGCUUCUGACCAUGGUCUCUGGUGGUCAGUCGUCUUUCCUUCACAACGGCAGCUCACACGCCAUUGUGAGGUCACACAGAGAUUUCACCAGCUUCCUGACCACCAGCCGCAGACUGCUACAGUUCUCUUCCCCUACUGGGUCAGCAGCAGGAGAAACGUCAGAGGGAACUAGCAGCCCACCCAGCCCAAGAGGCAUGUCAAGCCAGAGCUCAAGCAACCUCCCCAGCCCAGUGGAGACCUCCGGCAGGCCAGGGAUGCAGACAUGGUCUCUGGACACGGACCUCAGCUCCAGCAGAGCAGCUACUCUCACAUCAGCUCCCUCCCCAUCUACUCUGCAGGAUAACUCCUCUCAGGACACACAAUCAUCAGCUCACGAUGGUGACUCUGUAAUUAUUGUAAAUGAGCAAAAGGGUAAGAAGCAAGACAGCUCAAGUGUGCCAUGUUUCCAAGCUGAGUUAUGGAUCAAAGAAUUAACUAGCAUGUACGACUCUCGAGCGAGAGAAAGACGGAGACACAUAGAAGAGCAGGAGGCCCUGGCUGCCCAGCUGCUGCGACAGCGCCUGUCUGAAGAGGGGCAACGCAGCCCAGAUGUGGAGGUCCAUGUUCGAGUUCCUUUGGAAAAGGAGGUUCCUUUGACUCCUGUGAUAGAAGAACCAAAGCCUUUGGAAGAGAAACCAGAAUUCCCUGAAAUCACAGCAGAAAUGGAGGCUGAGGUGAACAGGGUGCUGAGAGGAGGUAGUCCUCAUGAAGUAUUAAGUGAAGGUUUUGGUCUCAGCCUUACGCGCAAAGACCUAAACACCCUCAGCAACCUCAACUGGCUGAAUGAUGAAGUGAUCAAUUUUUACAUGAACCUGCUGGUUGAGCGCAGCAAGGACCCCAGGCUGCCAUCAGUCAAUACGUUCAACACUUUUUUCUAUCCAAAGCUGCGCAGGAGUGGCUACUCCGCUCUCCGCCGCUGGACCAAAAAGAUGGACAUCUUUUCUAAAGACAUCCUGUUGGUUCCUGUCCACUUGGAGAUGCACUGGUGCCUCUCUGUGGUGGAUUUCCGCAAAAAGGCUAUCAUGUACUUUGAUUCUAUGGGAGGAAACAAUGAUGAAGCAUGCAAAAUAUUGUUUGAAUACCUGCAGCAGGAAAGUAAGGACAAGAAGGGCGAAGAACUGGAUACCUCAGGCUGGACUCUACACAGCAAAAAGCGCAGUGAAAUCCCUCAGCAGAUGAAUGGUAGCGACUGUGGAAUGUUCACGUGCAAAUAUGCAGAUUACAUUACCAAAGACAAGCCAAUCACGUUCACACAGAAACACAUGCCCUACUUUAGAAGAAGGAUGGUUUGGGAGAUUCUGAACCAUAAGCUGUUGUGAUGUCAGGGUGAGGAAUGUGAACUUGUAUAGUCAGCUCAUGGUGUUACAAACACGCGCCGUGACUACGGCCGAGCUGCGUUCAACAACACGGCCCACUGACAGACAUCCUGUUCUGGGAAGGAUUUGCACACCAGCUCAUCAGAUCAGGAACCAGCUCUGCCUCACUCCAUCCUUCAAGGCCAGUGAAGCCCUCAGCUGAUCUUGGCUGAUGGGAUGUUGCUGGAGCACCUAAGCACUGCCUCCCAGUACUCUUCUCCAGUUUUUUUUUGUUUUGUUUUUUGGUGCACCCGUGGAGCAUCAGUAUAGCAGCUGAAACACUGCGUGUUUUUAUAUUGCCCAGCCAGAACUGUUUUUGAAAUCACACUUACUGACUUACAGACCAUACUCUGAGCUGCAAUGUUGGGUUUGAUGCAGACACACAAAGUUUACAUGUUUUUGUCUUACAGGGAGAUGAGUGUAUUAUGCUGCAUUGUUUUUAUAAUGACAGUAAUACUACAUUUUUCUGUCAAUGUUUGAUACUCUUGGUAUGUGCAAAGGAAAAUUUACCAUGACAGUAUGAAUGCCCACAAAACUGAAAUUUGAAUGGUAUCUAGUCUAAAAAUUUGUCUCUUUGUAUUUGGGCGUGGGACUUGUUUUGUUUUCUUUUUUUUCUGCAAUAUGAAUAUUACACCCAGAACAAGAUUAUUUUUGUACCUUGUUUGAUUAAAAUGCACAUAAGUCUUCAAAUGUGA